UGACAAGGCUGGAUAAAGGCAGAAAGAAGAAGAGUAUGGAAGGAAGUUUCCCUUCAUUUACACAGGCUGGAAACGGACUCUUUCGUAGCUGUUGAUCGGUUUUAAUAAGCAUAAAAUGAGCCCUUAAAAGAAAUGUCUGUAUCAGCACUCACUGCUCUUGCCUUAAUGGAUCAUAACUCAACUUGUUGAUUUAUAAUGGAUAAUGGAUGCUGGAUGGUGCUCAACUAAGUAAAUGGCAGAAGCCCAUCAGGCCGUGGCGUUUCAGUUCACUAUCACUCCAGAGGGGAUCGACCUGCAGCUGUCCCAUCAGGCCCUGAGACAGGUCUAUCUGUCCGGCCUCCGCUCAUGGAAGAAACGCGUCACACGGCUGAAGAACAAUGUGAUCACUGGUGUGUAUCCUGCCAGCCCGUCCUCUUGGCUGUUUGUUGUCAUCGCAAUCUUGGCCACCAUGUACACACGCUCGGACCCUUCCAUGGGCCUCAUCGCUAAGAUCCAGGAACAUCUGCCAGUCGGUGAUUCUCUGAGCAUUCAGUGUCGGACGGUGGUUUCUGCCGUGUUGUUCAGCACUCUGCUCUGGUUCUCACUGAUCUUCACCAUGAGGCUUUGCCUGAAGCAGUUACUGUCGUAUCACGGCUGGAUGUUUGAACAACAUGGCAAAGUGUCCAACACCACCAAAAUCUGGGCGGCCAUGGUCCGGAUCUUCUCAGGCAGACAGCCUUUAUUGUACAGUUACCAAGGAUCUUUGCCCAACCUGCCUGUUCCAGCAGUGAAGGACACUGUUAAGAGGUACCUGGAGUCUGCGCGUCCAUUGAUGAGCGAUUCUGAAUACGAGAGGAUGACGACUCUGGCCAAGGAGUUUGAGAGCAGUCUGGGAAACCGCCUGCAGUGGUAUCUCAAACUGAAAGCCAUGUGGGCAUCCAACUAUGUCAGUGAUUGGUGGGAGGAGUAUGUCUACCUGAGGGGGCGUGGCCCAAUCAUGGUCAAUAGCAACUACUAUGGAAUGGACUUCCUCUACGUGACGCCUACACCGAUUCAAGCUGCGAGAGCAGGAAACACACUGCAUGCCUGUCUCUUAUACCGCAGGAAACUCAACAGAGAGGAAAUCAAACCUAGUCGUGUGCCAGUUUUAAAUGUUCCUUUGUGUGCCGCUCAAUGUGAGAGGAUCUUCAACACCACACGCAUUCCAGGAGAAGAGACAGAUUCCCUGAUCCACUGGCAGGACAGCGAGUAUGUGGCGGUGUUCCACCGAGGCCGUUAUUUCCGCCUGUGGCUGUACCACGCCGGCCGCAUGCUGUCUCCCAGAGAGAUCGAGCAACAGAUUCAGCGUAUAAUGGACAACCCAUCACCCCCGGUGCCCGGAGAGGCCAAACUUGGGGCCCUGACUGCAGGAGACAGAAUCCCUUGGGCUCAGGCCAGAAAAGAGUUCUUCAGCUCAGGAGUGAAUAAGAGAUCUCUGGACUGCAUUGAGAAAGCGGCGUUCUUCGUUACCCUGGACGACGAUGAGCAAGGCAUGAGGGGAGAUGAUCCUGCUGGCAAUUUAGAUCGCUAUGCCAAGUCCCUUCUGCACGGCAAAUGCUACGACAGGUGGUUUGAUAAGUCGUUCACUGUGGUGGUGUAUAAGAAUGGGAAGAACGGCCUCAGUGCUGAACACUCCUGGGCAGACGCACCUAUAAUGGCUCACGUGUGGGAGUAUGUGAUGACUACCGAUAGUUUCCAGCUGGGUUAUACUGAAGAAGGUCACUGUAAAGGAGACGUGGCCUCCUCCCUGCCUCCACCUACUAGACUAACCUGGGACAUACCUGCAGAGUGUCAGGAGCGAAUCGAACGCUCUCUCGCUGUGGCACAGGCACUAGCCGAUGACGUCGACUUUCAUGUGUUGCCGAUACAAGAGUUUGGCAAGGGCGCCAUCAAAAAGUGUAAAAUCAGCCCGGAUGCCUUCAUUCAGAUUGCGCUACAGUUGGCCUAUUAUAGGAAUCGAGGCACGUUCUCUCUGACCUACGAAGCGUCUAUGACCCGUUUAUUCCGCGAGGGCCGGACCGAGACGGUGCGUUCCUGCACCAGCGAGAGCUGCGCCUUCAUCAGAGCUCUGGAGGGUGGAGAGAGUAAGGAAGCGUGUCGGCAUCUCUUCCGCACGGCGGCUGAGAAACACCAGCAUCUGUACAGGAUGGCAAUGACAGGAGGAGGAAUAGACAGACACCUCUUCUGCCUCUACAUCGUGUCCAAAUACCUGGGAGAGGAGUCACCUUUCCUUAAUAAGGUGCUUUCAGAAACGUGGCGUCUGUCCACCAGUCAGACUCCUCUUCAGCAGGUGGAGCUGUUUGAUUUCGUUAACCACCCAGAGUACACCACCUGCGGUGGAGGAUUUGGCCCGGUUGCAGAUGAUGGUUACGGCGUGUCUUACAUCAUCAUCGGAGAAAACAUGAUCAACCUGCACAUUUCCUGCAAACACUCUUGUCCUCAGACUGAUUCUCACAAGUUUGGAGCUGAUAUCAAGAAGGCUUUGGAGGAUCUUCUGGAGCUGAUGUCACCAGAGAAACCAGACCCGUCCAAAGCUGAGCUGAACCACUCGAAGAAAAGCAAAAAAGACCUGUAGAGGUAGAACAGAAAAGGCCCAUGACGGUCAGAAGAAGACACGAGGUCACAUAGAAUUAGGAAGUAGCGUGUUUGUGUGUGUUCGUUUGAAUGCAUGUUUGUUAUUACAUACAUACAAACAUGCAUUCAUACAUUCCAUGCUUGUUGUACAAAUCGAUGCCAUGAAGCCAUGAACAACAUAAUGAUGUAAAAUGGUGGAAGCUGCUUCGUCUAAAAAAGUAUUAGUUUAAUAAAAUGUAUAAAAGAGCAUUAAAAGUAAGAGAUAGUUUGAUAGCGGAAAGCCUUUCGUGUUUUCCAGAAGGACCAGUCCAUUUAGAUUUAAUUUGGACCUCAUUUUUAAAUAGAAUGAAGAAUUGAAAUGAUUAGCGUGCAUCACCACCAGGGUGAUGGGAGUCUAAUGGUUAAUGAUCUGACCAGUUAGUGUAAUGGUUGUAGGUUCAUUAAAAGAAAGCUUGACCGAGGAUCUCAGUAAUGCAUCACCUCUGUACCUUCUGAUGAAGGCACUUCACUGCUCUUACAGUACCAUAAAUCACAUCCAAAUAAUAACUCCCCAUCUGAACUGGAUAUUUUGAGAUGUUAGAAUAACUUGACUUUGGACUAAAAUCCAGUGUCAUUUUACUUGAAUCCCAGAGCAGAAGUAUAUUUAAGAUUUCAGUGACUAAUGACUCAGAAUAUUACAUGUGACUGCAGUUUUAAUGUGAUUGUCCAGACACAUUGAUGUGUUGAUCUCACUAUUAAGUCUAUUAAUUUUAACAGUUUUUUUUAUUGUUAUUAUUUAAAUGUACUCUUUUACUUUGUUUCUUUUUUUUUUUUUACACAAGGUCAAGUUAAUAUAAAAUAACUUAAUAAUUAUUCACAAUGUAUUUAGCAAGCUUGAAUAUGUCUAAUAGGCAAAAGCCUGAGAAGAAAUCAUUUACGCCACAACACAUUUCUGUUAUUAUCUCAGGUGUUUCAAAUACACGGUUUAACUUCAAAAAUAAAUCAAGGCCAGUUAAUUGCAAAUAGUUCCUGUUUACUUGUACCCAAAGAGACGUCUCCUUAACAAAGCUAAGUGUAUUGUACAAAAUCUGAUAUGAUUUUAAUUCUAAAUAGUGUGUACUUGGAAUUAAAUGAUAUGGUUAACCUUCUAAUGAACUGAUUAAAUUGCAUUAGGAUGCUUUCAAAGCUAAAUGUGGUUAUUAUGUAUUUAAUAGUAAUACUAAACCAUUUAUUCUAAUCUUCUAUUUUCAAAAAAGUAGAAAACUUAAGAGUGUGAUUUAAAGGAAAACUUGACUCAAAAAUGAAGAUUUUCUGAGAAUUUACAGGUACUAUACUACUAUAACCACUAUAUGAUUGAACACAAUUGUUGCAUUGGAACAUACAAUACCAAAAGCUAUUAUAUUGGUGACUGGUUUUACAGCUAAAUGAAUAAUAUACGCUCAUCAACAUCAAACAUAUACAAUCACUAUAUAGUCUGCAUUAAUGCUGUAUUUCACUAGAAUGUGUUUUGGCUGAAGGCCCUUUGCGUCACUUGGCUGGACUGAGAGCAAAGGCUUCUAAACUUCCUUGUAGUUUUUCAGUUUUGUCUUUGCAAUCCGUUGGCAGCUCUACUCUUUAUCUCUGUUAUGCCCUCAUAUUUGGCAUUUUAAACAAUAUAAAGUUGCCUUUCAAGUGCACGAGAUCUCGUUUGCACAACUAGGUAUAGUCAUUGUGGAAAUAUUGAUAUAUAUAUACUUCAAAAAGGUCUUGUCUUUUUUUCCUGUACUGCCUAACACUGCUUACACUGUAUCUCUCACUUGAGUUUAAACCUUACUGAAGAAUUGUAUUAUUAUUGUUAUUAUUGCCACUAUUCUAAUGAUUAACUUGAAACUGAAAACAGUAGCAAUGCAAGUGUUUGUGUAGUGCUGGUAUUAGUCUGGAGCGGCAGUGUUUUACCUCAUCUGUCUGAUGAAUGUUAAUCUCUCUUUUCUCCCGGGCCAGUACUGUAUUCUGUAUCUGCCUGACUCUUUCUCUGAUUUUCUUUGGUUUGAGACUAUCUGUACACCGCAGAGCUUUACACUUUCUCUCUCACUCUGGCAGUCUGUCAUUCCUUGACAUUUUGUAUGUGAAUGAAAAGGAAGAGACAACAGGUCACUUUUUUUAAUUAAAGUUGUUCAAGCAUUCAA